AUGGCUAUACGAUCCAAGAACAAACUCCACUUCAUCAAUGGCGUGUUGCCUCGUCCUCCUGAUCAUGACUUCAAUUCCAUCGAUUGGGACAGGUGCAACACCAUGAUCAUGUCACGGAUCAAGAAUUCUGUAGACUUGGAAAUUGCUCAAAGCAUACUAUGGAUGGAUAAUGCAGUAGAUAUGUGGAAUGAAUUGAAGGAGCGAUUCUAUCAAGGUGAUGUAUUUCAUAUUUCAGAUCUUCAUGAUGAAAUUUGUUCUUUGAAACAAGGUGAUACAUCUAUUUCAUCUUAUUAUACUAAGUUGAAGAUUCUAUGGCAAGAACUUAAUAAUUUUCGCCCAAUUCCUAUUUGCAAUUGUGAGGCUUCUUGUUCUGUCAUUACUAAGAUUCAUGCUUACAAAGACAGUGAUCAAGUCAUUAGGUUCCUCAAAGGGCUGAAUGAUCAAUAUGCAGCAAUUCGCUCUCACAUUAUGUUAAUGGAUCCCAUGCCUAAUAUUUGCAAGGUUUACUCUUUGCUUGUGCAACAAGAAAGACAAACCAGUCUUCCCAUUGAUGAGUCUAAAGUUCUUGCCACACGUAGCCUUGGUCACCAGAACUACGGAAAUCGUGAUUCUCAAUCUAAGAAAACUUCCAACAAUCAUGGAAGAGGCAGCACUAGAGGUGGCAGAUCAUAUGGUGGCAGAGUCCCUGACAAAUCUGAUGAUCAACCCAGUGACAAUUCUGAAGGUAAUGCUCAAAUAUCUCAAGGUUUGGCUUUUACUCCUGAGCAACACAAAGCUCUACUGGCCUUAUUACAUGAUACAUCACAAUAUCAGGCUCAUAAUGUUAACCACCUCACCUCUAACUAUGUUCUUGGAUCAGGUAUUGUAUGUGCAUUCCCUAACUCUUUUCAUCCUGAAACAUUCAUAUUAGAUACAGGUGCUACUGAUCAUGUUUGUUUCACCAAAAGUUACUUUCAAAGUCUCAAUCCUAUUCAGCUUAUCACCAUCAAACUUCCUAAUGGCAAUCUUAUUUCUACAAACCUGUCAGGCACCAUCAAAUUCUUUGAAUCAUUUUACAUUACCAAUGUGCUUUAUAUGCCAAAUUUUGCAUUUAAUCUCAUAUCUGCCCCUAAGCUUACCAACACUCUCAAUUGUCAAUUAAUGUUUACUAAUUCUGAUUGUGUCAUACAUGACUUGUUAUCCAAGAAGAUGAUUGGCACAACUUAA